CCACGGACAGACGUAUGUGUACACAAUUUACAUCACGUGUACGGAGGGGACAGCGCCUUAGCCACGGACAGACGUAUGAAGUAUGAACCUCCACUCCACUCUCAAGAGUAGUAGUGUCACACCACCUUGUAUCACUUGCCAUCGCGUCGGGUAACUUGGUUCUCCAUUAUUCAAUCCAUGUGCAUUUUCUCAUCGAAUUCUCACAAUUUCUUUGCUCAAAUUUGUCCAUAGCGUCUGCGAAGAUGGAAACCGCAAAGAAUUCCAACCGGCAGCCGGAGGUGCUCUGGGCUCAGCGUUCCGGUAAGGUCUACCUGACAAUCUCUUUGCCGGAUGCCAAAGACGUCUCCGUCACGCCAGAGUCGACUGGACUCUUCGCAUUCUCCGCCGUCGGCGCACACGGAGAACCAUUCUCCUUCACUCUUCACCUCUUCGGCAACAUUCUCCCUCAGGCUUGUAAGACAAAAAUUAGUUUGAGGAACAUUCGGUGCUCAAUUCAGAAGGACCAGAAGUCAUGGUGGCCAAGGUUAUUGAAGUCUGAAAACAAGCCUGCUCCUUUUAUUAAGGUCGAUUGGAACAAGUUUUGUGAUGAAGACGAUGAAGAGUCUUCUGAUGUGGACAUUGAUGAUGAUUUUGCGUAUACUGGUGAAGAUGAUGAGAGCAGUGAUGAUGGAGGAAUGCUGUAUCUUCCUGACCUGGAGAAAGCUAGAGCGAAUUAUUAAUGUAAUAUGGUGAACCUUCAAGAAGCACAAGUUAGCCAAAUGUAUUUCUUGAGUAUUGUUUUUAAAAAUUUGGCUUGCCUAACAAAUUAUUAGUAGGUGAUGUUUUGGGUCCUAUAUACAUAUAUGGGUAUGUAUAUGUUUACCUCACCCUCUCCACUAUAUAUAAGCUCUCUGACUUGACAAGCUUACACUGGCUCCCCACAGCCCGU